AUGGCGACGCUCGAAGCGGUUGACGUGGAGGCGUACGCUGCCAAGUACAGCGGUCGCAACCGCACCGAAAGGCUCUUGUUCCUCGUCCAGACGUGUCCAGCGUUGCAGUCGGAAGCAAAGACGGCGCUGCUCCGAGAGCUCAAAGGAGGACUCAACAUGGGGCUGUACGCCGACAUGUUGGGGGACAAAGCGCAGGACGAAGCCAUGUUCAUUGACAGUGUUCGGCACAAUGCCGCAAAGCAGCACGAGCGACUGGAACAGGAGCUCAACUCGUACAAGUCGACGAUGAUCAAGGAGAGCAUCCGGAUGGGGCACAACGACUUGGGUGCGUUCUACUUUGAGCUGGGCGAUCUUCCGUCUGCGCUCAAGAGUUUCGCUCAAGCGCGGGAUUACUGUACGACCGACAAGCACAUUGUUGAAAUGUGUCUGAACGUGAGCAAAGUGGCGCUGCACAUGCGCAAUUUCGGACACGUGACCAAUUACUUGACCAAACUGGAGCAAGUGAGCUCGUCCCAGAGCGACGCUGUGUUGAAGUCGAAGGUCGCGUCGGCUUUUGGGCUUGUCGCUCUGCACGAAAAGAACUACCAUGCUGCGGCUUCCAAGUUUAUCGAGUGCAGUGCUGAGAUUGGUGCAAGUUACAACGAAGUGCUGCACGCAGAGGACAUUGCACUGUACGGUGGGGUUUGCGCUCUGGCGUCUUUUGAGCGCAAAGAGCUGAAGGAGAAAGUGAUCAACAACUCGUCGUUCAAAGCAUUCUUAGAGCUGCUGCCUUGGCUGCGCGAGCUCAUCACGGACUUCAACUCAAGCAACUAUGCGUUGUGUCUUCAGACGCUGGAGCGAAGAAAGCCUGAGCUCAAGCUCGACAUGUAUCUGUGUGAGCACGUGGAUAAGCUGUGCAAGGAGAUUCGGAGCCGCGGAAUCAUUCAGUACUUUUACCCGUACCUGUCCGUGGAUUUGCACCAGAUGGCUCGCACGUUCAACACAGCAGCAGCGGACCUUGAAAAAGAGCUGUGCGAGUUGAUUGCUGCCGAGCGUCUGCAUGCGCGAAUGGACUCGUACCAAAAGGUGUUGCAUGCGUACCAGCCGAACCACCGCACUGUUACGUACAAACGUGCGUUUGAAGUGGGCCGCAAGUAUGCUGCCGAGUCGCGCAAUCUGCUGUUGCGCAUGAGUCUGCUCAAGAACAACGUCAUCAUCCGCGACUCGUGA